UGAAAGUGAGAACAGGCAUUCUCGUGGUACUUUUGUGGCUGGUAUUGCAAGCUGUUAGAGCCUAACCAAGCACAGAAUGGGGAAGCAGAACAGUAAGCUGCGGCCUGAGGUACUCCAAGAUCUCCGAGAGAAUACCGAAUUCACAGACCACGAGCUUCAAGAGUGGUACAAAGGCUUCUUAAAAGAUUGCCCCACGGGCCACUUGACUGUUGAGGAAUUCAAAAAGAUAUAUGCAAAUUUUUUCCCCUAUGGUGAUGCAUCGAAGUUUGCAGAGCACGUGUUCCGCACUUUUGAUACCAACGGCGAUGGGACGAUUGACUUUAGGGAAUUUAUCAUUGCGCUGAGUGUCACGUCUCGGGGGAAACUCGAACAGAAGCUGAAAUGGGCCUUUAGCAUGUAUGAUCUUGAUGGCAAUGGAUACAUCAGUCGUGGUGAAAUGCUUGAAAUCGUGCAGGCAAUCUACAAAAUGGUGUCAUCCGUAAUGAAAAUGCCAGAAGACGAGUCCACUCCGGAGAAACGAACAGACAAAAUCUUCAGACAGAUGGACACAAACAAUGAUGGUAAACUGUCCCUCGAAGAGUUUAUUAAAGGUGCCAAGAGUGAUCCCUCUAUCGUGCGAUUGUUACAAUGUGAUCCAAGCAGUGCAAGUCAGUUCUAAUUAAACUCUGGACAGUUUGCAGAGAAACUGCUGGCUUGUCGUUCAAGCUUUGCUUGCAAAUGGAUGCCUUCUCAAUCAUUCCUCAACUUGCUAGUGGAUAAGAUUCCAUUGCCUGAUUGUGUGUGUGUGUGUGUGUGUGUGUGUGUGUCUGUCUGUGUGCACGUGUAUCAGAGUGAAGACUGCCUCACUCUUCUCACUAACACGAGUGUAACAUUCCUUUUGCUGUUUUUGUUUCCUCUUUCCUCUUGGUUAAUGUAAUUGAAAGGUAUGUUUACAUGCAGAUACAAUGAGUUCAGAUUUCUAGUGAAAUAUCACAUCAUUUAGUCAGUAAGAAUGAUGACAUUCUAGUAGCACCAAGAAGAUACUAGAUAGAAUUUUUAUCCAACAUAGCAGAUGGUAGGUCAUCAUUUUUUAAGCAAAAUGUGAACUUAUUGGAGUAGAAAGAAGAAGAGAAAAGCUUUUCUGGGCAUGGUUCCAAAUUAUUUUUGCUUUUGAGGAAAAUUGCUUGCACUUAUCUAAUGGUCUACUUUCUUUUAAUAUAUAUAUAUAAAUUAUAUAUAUAUAGUGAAGUAAAAUUUUAUUACGUAGGUCAUGUAUUUAUGCAUAAAGUAGAAUUAAAGCUUAAUUUCUUGUCUGAUUUAUUCAAAUCUUGAAGAUUGUUUUUGAGAUAUUUAUGCAUUAGCAAAUUGCUGUUAAAGAAAAUGCAUGCCUAGCAAUUUGUGGCUAUUUCACUCUGUUUAAUUACUGAAUGCAAAUAUUUGUUUUUACUGUUGAUCGUUCCAGCGUUUACUGUAUUAACAAAGGAAUAAAAGGAAUAAUCCUCAUUUUAUAUUUCUCAGUCGAGUCCCACUUGAUGGUGGUUGCAGCAUUAACUGGCUUUUGAGUGGCAUGAGGUGAUGUGACUCACGCUGCUGUUCUAAACUUUGCUAUGCUCUCCUACCUUUUGCUGUCAAUAUGUUAAUAGUCUUGUGCAAUACAGUGUUAUUUAAUAUCUGCCUAAUGCCAAGAAAUAUUCAUUGAAAUAAAAGACUACUUUUCUUGUCAA